AUGUGUAUAUUCUUUUCAAUUUUACAGUUAUUUUGGGAAAAACGUUUGGAAGGUUUAAGAGCAUGUGAUCCAGAUGGAUUUGAAUUCGAUGGAAUGGAUUUACCAAAAAGUUUGAAGCCAGUUGGUCCGUAUAUUACGGAAGAAACUUUGCUUCAAAGUGUUGCAACUGCAUUACAUGUUUCGUCUCAACCGGUCACGGGACAAACGGGUUCGAAGACAGCUUUAGAGAAAAAUCCCGGGGUAUUUCUUAAUCCCGAUCAACCCCUCGUACAGGCCGUCUCGAUAGCUGACGAAGACAUCAAGAGGCAAGAGGAUCGAGUUGCUCUAGCAAGGAAAAAGCUACAAGACGCUUUACGAUCUAUUCCUAUAUAAAUUGUACAAUUCCUUUAGAUAUUUAUAUUAAUUCCCUCAUCCUAGUCCUAAGUUCGUUAUAAAUUAUAUGUCAUCCUGAUUUUUAUAAUAAAUGUUUUAUAA